AAUUAUGUUGUGUCUGUCCAAAAAAAUUAAGAUUUUGUUUCUGUUGGCACAGUUGCAAAAACAUGUUUAACGGUUUUCACGUCUGCAUCAGGACGGCAGGGUUGUGUCUGAGGGACAAGCAAGGCGGCUGACUGACCGGCUGAUGGUACAGACGCUGACCAGCCUGCUCCAGCGCCAAGCUGGCCAGCCCAGCAUGGAGGACCAUGAAUUGAUCAUCACAGUUCCCUGUCCCAGUGAGGACCGCCCCUUCCUCCGGACAGAGGGGAACUCCCCCUCCACUCGCCACACAGAGGCCUCCCCUCUCCUGAAACUGUUCACCGGCACAGAGAUGCCCUGCACUGAUCUUGGCCGCUCCCCCUCCCCACCCACCUCAGUCCAUGCCCUGCGUCCGGCAGAUAUCAGAGUCGUGGCGGCAGUGGGAGACUCUUUAACAGCCGGCAAUGGCAUCGGAUCAGCUCCGAGUGACGUACUGGACGUUCUGCGUCAAUACAGGGGCUUGUCUUGGAGCAUUGGCGGAGACGAAAAUCUGACCACUGUCACCACUUUGCCAAAUAUCUUGAGGAAUUUCAACGCUGAAUUAAUUGGAUACUCUGUUGGAAUGGGCAAGGAGGACACGCCAAACGCUUUCCUCAAUCAGGCUGUGGCCGGGGCAAGAAGCAAGGACCUUCCAAAACAGGUGCAAGCCCUGGUGAACAGAAUGAAGAGUGAUCCUAGCAUCAACUUUGAAUCCGACUGGAAGGUGAUUACCAUGUUUAUUGGGGGGAAUGAUGCCUGCGACAGCUGCAAAAAUUCGCUCUUCUUUUCGGUGGAUAAUUAUCUGCGGCAUGUUAGCGAGAGCCUGGACUACCUUCAUAAAGAGGUUCCACGGGCUCUGGUCAACCUGGUGGAGGUCCUCACCCUCCUUCCGCUGAGAACCAUGCACUCAGAACCCAACUCCAGAUGCCCCACAUGGCUGGUCAACAUAUUGUGUCCAUGUGUCAUCUCGCCAAAGACAGGCUCUCAAAGCCGCAAAGUGGUGGAGGAAUUAAUCAGAGGCUAUCAGAGUUCGCUCACUGAUCUUGUGGAGUCCGGUCGCUAUGACACCCAUUCCAACUUCACCGUGAUCAUCCAGCCUUUCAUUCGGGACAUUGAUCUCCCACUACAACCGGACGGGAGUCCUGACCGGUCUUACUUCAGCGCAGACUGCUUCCACCUCAGCCAGAAGGCGCAGACUUCGAUGGCUCGCUCCCUGUGGAAUAACAUGCUGGAGCCUCUGGGAUCAAAGACUUCAGUACAAGAUUUUUCACCUUAUCUUAAGCUGAGAUGUCCAUCAAAGGGUUCACCAUAUUUUAGAACUUACCAGAACAGCAACUACACUUACAAGGGGCCGGCUCCAACACCAGCACCAAUCACGAACUGGGGAAGUAACUUCUCCUGUGUGGACGUUAGCCCAUCUGCCUCUGUACCCACCUCAGUUCACAAGCUGCGGCCGGGGGACAUCAAGGUGGUGGCGGCCCUGGGGGACUCCACCACGUCCGGCACGGGAGCUAAGGCAAAUAGCGUGUUGCAGCUAAAGACAGAGUUCAGGGGAGUCUCCUGGAGUAUUGGAGGUGAUGCCACGCUAGAGACGGUCACAACACUACCAAACAUCCUUAAGAAGUUCAACCCAGCUCUAAAGGGUUUCUCCAAAGGUCGGUUUGCGAAACAGAGGGGCUUCAACAUGGCUGUGGCCGGUGCCAAGACAAGUGACCUCCCAUCUCAGAUCCAGGCUCUAUUUAAGGCUAUGAAGGAAGAUCAGAAGGUGGAUUUUGACAACGACUGGAAGCUUGUGACAAUAUUCGUUGGCACGAAUGAUCUUUGCAACUACUGCAUGGACCAAUAUAACCUGUCAGCAAAGAACUACAGUCACAACCUCAAGAUCAGCCUGGACAUGCUUUACAAUCAGAUGCCAAGGGUAAUGGUGAAUGUGGUUGAGAUUGUGCAGAUUGAUCCACUGAGAAAAGUGAAGAAGAAUGACCUUGUCUGUUCACUAUUGCAAAGCUCCAACUGUCCCUGCCUAAUGAUCACCGAGGACAACUCUCCAGAGCUGCAGACGAUCAAACGAGUCAACAAGGAGUAUCAGGCUGAAUCUCGCAAACUUAUCUCGGGAGAUCUAUACGACAGACGGGAAGACUUCACCGUUGUCCUUCAACCCUAUUUGCGCAACUCAUUUAUCCCUUAUAUCGGGGUAGGCCAGGCCGACCUGAGUUUCUUUUCAGUGGACUGCUUUCACAUCAGUGAGAGAGCGCACGCAGAGAUGGCCAUUGCCCUGUGGAAUAACAUGUUGGAGCCUGUGGGCCAAAAGCAGGAAUACAACAACUUCACAUAUGACCCCACCAAAGUGCACUGCCCUUCCGAGGAUCAUCCCUUUCUGUUUACUAAGUUGAACAGCCUUCCGAGUUCACCGUUGCCCCCUACAACCGGUGUUCCAGUCAAUACCCAAACAACCAUCACUCCUGAUCCCGCGGACCCUUUGACCCAGUGUGCCCCCCCCCUCCCAGUGUGGGUGCCAGUGGUCGUGGCAUUUGCAAGCUUGCUGAUUGGUGUCGUUAUCAGCCGACUAUUUUUCUCCUUCCAACAGCGUUCGAAAAAGAAUAACAAUAAUGUAGAAAUGGAAAGAACUGGUCUUUAAUGACAUGCUACAGAAGGACAGAUAGAUGUACGCAGAUUUGGAUACACAAUAAGUAUUGCAGUGCGUAUGGAGUAUUGUGUCGCAUGGCGCAAAGUAUAUAAAUUGUAUGGUAAUUAUACUGUAAAUACUGCAGAGAAUAAACAUUUUUGUUGCCAUAAUUAUU